AUGCAUGAUAAUUUGACGAGUCCUGUAUCAGGGAAUAUUAAUUAUGAUAGCAUGGCUGCAUUACAACAAAAAAGAACACUGGCUUUCGUAAAUCAUUUCAUAUUAACUACAGUUCAAUUUCUAAACAACUUUGCAAAGCAGUGUGAACAGAAAUUAAUGUGUUAUGAAAAUAAAUUAGAGAAAAUCAAUGCAUCUUUGGUUCUCUUGGAAACAAGGUUGUCAUCAUUACCAGAAAUUAGCGGUCCAGAACCCACAUUAAUAAAUCAACAAUUUGAAACUGAAUCAGAAAAUACUACUCAACCUGAAGCUACAACAGAUGCAGAAGAAAAAACAACAGAUGUAGAAGAAAACCCAACACAAACCAUAAAACCGGAAUAUAUGAGAUUUGUAAAAAUGGUACAUGUUGGAGUGCCUUUACAAGCAGUCAAGUUGAAGGUGUCAUUAGAAGGUUUGGAUCCUAAUGAAUUAGACAUCAUUUUGAAAGUUUAA